AUGUCCUCUUCUCAGUGGACAUCUGUGCCACGGGAUUUUCCAUCUUCCGGCUUUAAGUUACUUGACUCGUCCGUAUUAGCAGGGUUAGGCUACAGAGUCACUUCCACUGUAUGGCAUGGUCGUGACUUGGUUAAUUCCAGCUAUGUUGCUUUGAAAAUAUACGUGACGGGCGAGAACAGAGAUGAUGAACUGAACGAACAUCCCAGUAGAAAAUUCAUUCGAAAACUAUUCGACCAUUUUAUUAUCACGGGUCCCCAUGGUCAACAUAUCUGUCUAGUUCACGAGCCUCUAGGGAUAAGUGCGAGUGAGCUGCUGGAAUGGAUCCCUGGCAAAGCAAUGACUCUGGAGGAUAUGAAGGUUUGUAUCCGACAGCUGACUUGCACAGAUCUCCAGCUAAAGAACUUGCUUCUUCCCACACCAAAGCCAGAGGCGCUGUCUAACUUUGAGGAAGAGGAGAUAAGAAGACCAUCGGCACGAAAGGUGCUUCAUGACCGUACAAUCUACACGUCCGCCCGCUUCCCUCCUGGAGACGGACUACCGCUUCUCAGUGAUCUUGGCGAAGCUCGGCUUAGCAACAAGAAGCAUACCGAAGAUAUCAUGCCAAAUCCUUACAGGGCGCCUGAAGUGAUUCUGAGAGCAAGCUGGGAUUAUAAAGUUGAUAUCUGGAAUAUCGCUAUGGUUGCAUGGGAUAUCGUGAGCUCCCCGACACUCAUCAAAGGCAGAAAUCCAGAUGGCAUUUUUGAUGAUCGUGCCCACCUUGCAGAACUGGUUGCACUCCUAGGAUGUCCACCACCUGACUUCCGUGCACGAAGCCAUCUCAGUUCUGUUUUCUGGGACGACUCCGGCACCUGGAAAGAACUAGCACCGAUUCCUGAUAUCACAUUCGAAUCUUUAGCUGCCAAUAUCAAGGGAGAAGACAAGGACGGGUUCCUACGAUGA